GCUGCGGGGGUUGCGGUGCCGGAGCAGGCGCGCCGAGCCCUGCGCCCCGCGAGCCGCAGCGCCUGCUGUGAGGUGAGGAGAGGGCGGCUCGCGGCCGGGAGAGCGACCGCGCGGGGAACCCAGCGGCGUCCGAAUUCGCCAGCGUGGGCGUGCUGCGGCCAGGAGCCCGGCGCGACCCCCAGCCGCGCGCCCCGCCCCGGCGCCAUGCACUGCGAGGUGGCCGAAGGGCUUUCGGACAAGAGGCCCAAGGAGGCCCCGAGGGCGCCCGGCCCGGGCCUCGGAGCUCACAUGGCCUUCAGGAUCACCGUGAGUGGCGGCGGCUGCGGGGACGGGAGCCCGCGAGACCUGCUGCCCCGGCUGCCCGCGCCGCCACCCCGGAGCCCUCGAGACUACGGCCCGUCCAAAGCCGCCGGCGGAGGCAAGGUGAACGGGAGCUAUGGCCACUGUUCAGAAAAGAACCUGCUGGACCUGGACCUGGCCGAGGGUCCCACCCCUUCUUGCCACCAGGGCCUGUUUCUCCCUGAAGGGACCCUAUCACCCCAGGGUCACCCCUCCGCCUGCGAAAGGCUGCUUCAUUUCCCCAACCCUAACAGGUCACCCAGACCUCAGGCUAUGUAUGUGAACGGCAGCCUCCCAGCAGCACAACACAUCAAGCAAGAGGUCCUAUCCAACUUCCAGACCAUGGCUAGUGUCCACACACCCCUGGCCACCCACUGCCGGGCCCCAUCUUCAUCCGGCCUGCACACAGACCUGGACUUCCCAGGCCGAGGUCUCACCAACCCUGCACCUUCCUGCUACCUUCUGGGCAAUGAACCUGUCUCAGGCCUGGGCCCCCAACCUGAGGCCAACCCCCCUGAGGGCAGCCUAAAGCGCUGUUGCCUACUGGGCCUGUCCUCUACCUCCUCAGCCGCCUCCUCACCCUGCGCCUUCUCUGACAUCAAUCCCAUCAUCCACUCCUCCCAGACAGCUCUAGUCAGCUGUAUAAGUGGAUUCCAAAGCCCACCUCUGCCAGGAGACCUGGGGGGCCCUCCCAAACGAUCCCGGCCUGGCCCUACACCUAGGGAUAGCCAUGAGGGCAACUUGCAGCUUGAAGCAUGUAGGAAGACGGACUUCCUGAAGCAGGAGCCCAUGGACGAGUUCUCAGAGCUCUUUGCCCCUCACCAGCAGGGCCUGCCACCUCCCUACCCCCUGCCUCAGUUGUCAACUGGCCCCAGCCUUGGAAGCCUAGAGCUGGGCCCGGCAGGCAGGAUGGUGGCCGGGCAACAGGCAUGCCGCUGGGUGGACUGCUGCGCAGCUUAUGAGCAGCAGGAAGAACUGGUGCGGCACAUCGAGAAGAGCCACAUCGACCAACGCAAGGGUGAAGACUUCACCUGCUUCUGGGCUGGCUGUGUGCGCCGCUACAAGCCCUUCAAUGCCCGCUACAAGCUGCUCAUCCACAUGAGGGUGCACUCAGGCGAGAAGCCCAACAAGUGCAUGUUUGAAGGCUGCAGCAAAGCCUUCUCACGACUGGAGAACCUCAAGAUCCACCUGCGGAGCCACACAGGCGAGAAGCCAUACCUGUGCCAGCACCCGGGCUGCCAGAAGGCCUUCAGCAACUCCAGUGACCGUGCCAAGCACCAGCGCACCCACCUUGACACGAAGCCAUACGCUUGUCAGAUUCCUGGCUGCUCCAAGCGCUACACGGACCCCAGCUCCCUCCGCAAGCACGUGAAGGCCCACUCAGCCAAAGAGCAGCAGGUACAUAAGAAGCUGCACACAGGUGCUGAUCCUGAGGCUGACGUCCUGUCUGAGUGUCUGGUCCUACAGCAACUCCAUGCAUCCACUCCUUUGCCUACCAGCAGGGGAAAGAGUGGCCGGACCCUGAGCCAGGAACUGCUCCCAGGUGUAUAUCCUGGCUCCAUCGCCCCCCAGAAUGGGCUUACUUCAGGUAUCCUGUCCCCCUCAUAUGAUGUCCCUUCCAGGCAUCACCUGCUGGAGGUCACCACUAGUUCCCAUCACCACCUGUCCCCUCUGCCCACGGCUGAAAGCACCAAGGAUGGCCUGGGACCCUGCUUCCUCUCACCCAUGAUCAGCCCGCUGAAGGGGCUUGGGGCUCCACCACUGCCACCAUCCUCUCAGAGCCAGUCUCCAAGGAGACAGCCUUUCUCCACGCUCCCCAGCAAGCCGACCUACCCACCCUUCCAGAGCCCACUACCACCACCACCUCUGCCCAGCCCACAAGGAUACCAGGGCAGUUUCCACUCCGUCCAGAACUGCUUCCCCUACAGUGACUGCUACCGGACCACAGAGCUGGCACCUGCUGGGGAUAGGCUGGUGGGUGAUACCCAUGGUUUCAGCCCCCUUCAACCCAAUGGCUACCCAAGCCUCAGUGCACCUUUACCUGCCCCAGGCUACGAGGCCCUGGCUGAAGUCCCAUGUCCUACAGCACUGCCACCACAGCCAUCUGAAGACCUGGUAUCCAGUGGCCCCGAGGACUGUGGCUUCUUCCCCAAUGGGGCCUUUGACCACUGCCUGAGUCACAUCCCUUCCAUCUACACAGACACCUGAAGGAGGCCUGCUACACCUGCCUGCUCAGCUCAUGGACACUGCUUCACCCAAACCACAUCACACGAGGCAGCCAGGCCACAUCACAGGGGCACUUGCCUGCACAGAGAGGGGCUGUUUGAGCUCAGAGCUGCCUCCAAGGAUUGUGGCCCUGUGACAGUCCCAUGACCGUCUUCCUCCUUUUCUCCCUAUGGUUUUCAAAUCACAGACCUCGUGUAUAUAAAAUGUACCUGACUUGUUUUCCAUUCCCCUGUCCGUUUUAUAUUUUUGGUUUUACAAGAAAAACAUUAAAAACUGGAAACUA